CGGGACGUGGCGGCACCAAAUCGACUGGCAAGGGUGAGUGUGGUCUGGCCAGCUGUCAACGCUUGGUACCCCGCGCGACUACCUGUCUUUUUCCAUUACAAAAUGCGACCCCUAAUUUAGCGCAAUAACGUCAUCACACCUUGUCAUGCAUCGUGUUAUCCCUCGGUCCAAAUUUAACCUCAUUAGUGUGCUGAGCCGUAAUGCAAAACAGCCCAAGAAGUGGCAACGGGAGCGAGGGGAGGCCAGGGUAUAAAUAGGAGGACAGAGCGACGCACGGCCACACUCCUUCCCGGGGCGCCGUGAAGACAGGAGGUGAAGGGUCGGCGCUGUGUUGUGGUUUACCGUCUGCCUGGCCAUGUGUCACGUUCCGAGUCUAUACCACUUGUUACAGUGAAUAAUUUAAGAAUAUCUAACACGAAAGCUCCCCAGAAACUCGAAAUAUCAGUGCAGCGACCCAAGCCACACUUCAAAAAGUUGUAAUAUUGAUGGAAAAAUAUCUUGCGAGGGAGUAGCGAGUGUUAAGUGUGUAAAGACUGAAGGAUGCACCUGUGGAUUCCGUUUUCUUUCUACCUGUCGGGGUGGUGUUGCGUGUUUACCUGUGUGUGUUACCUGUGUGAGUGUUACCUGUGCUGGGACGUGUGCUGGUGUGCUGUGUCCCGUCCAUAUGUGUUGUAUUGUGAUGUUUUGACGUCCUGUGCUAUAUCUCCCUCCUUCAGGCUCCUGCAGAAGGCGGUGCUGGAUGGAAGCCUGUGGGAAGAGUGACGUUAAUUGGCUUUCAUAAUUGGAGCCGCAAAGUCGUGUUGGUGCGCCGCUUGUCUCUCGUGGGGCGUUGCUGUGGUGGUUUUUAAUCUAUUUUGUUUCGAUGUUUUGGUGUUCGGGGAAAAAGUGAGGUUGUUUCGUUGUUAGUUACAUGGUAAAUUACUUUCUCUCUCUCUCUCUCUCUCUCUCUCUCUCUCUCUCUCUCUCUCUCUCUCUCUCUCUCUCUCUCUCUCUCUCUCUCUGGAUUGAAUAUUACCUGCACGUUGAUUUGAUUCGUGUGUGUGCGUGUGUGUGUGUGUGUGUGCCAGGCUGUCUCUCUGUCUAUCUCUUUUGCAUGCAGAUUAUUUACUCUUUUUCUUUUUUUGUUCCUUUUGAGUUCCCCAUAAAAAGAAAAGAAAAGAAAUCAAGGAGAGGCGCUGCGGAAAAAAAAAAAAAAAACCUUCAGCCUUGGAAGAAUAAAGUGCAGAUGGUUCCACGCUCUCAGUCAGUCAGUCUGCGUGCAAAAGUCUAUAGUAAACUGCCUGACAUUUGUAUACACGUGGCUAAUUGAUGGCUUUCCACUCCUGUUUUGGAGGGAAAAUAUACGUAUAAAGUUUCUCCUUAAAUCGUGUCUUAAUGUUUUUUCUCUCUCCUUUUCUUUUCUUGUUUUAUUUUCUUAUCUUAUUUAUUUUUUUUUUUUUGUGGGGAACGAUGUGCUUGCUCGAUUUUGUCUCCGCCACAGUCCCGCACAGCACUGCCAGCAUUAUUAUCACAGCAGCAUCACAACACGGCAUCACAGCGUCGCCUCAGCCAAAAUCCAGCAUCUUAGCAAGACACUUCACGAUGUAGCAUUUUUUUUUUUUUUUUGCUUGUUUCUUGUGGGACUGGCGCCUUCAUUUGGGUGCUUUCUUUAAUUUCGUUGUUUGAAGCUAGACACUGUUACAUAAAGAAAGUAAACAGACACCACAACAAUCACAUCACCACUACAUAAACACAUCAACUCACCCACGGGUCCAGAUCACCUCACAUAAAUCAAACACCACAAAUAUCCACAAUAUUCCAUUACAUCACCACCACAUUACCACCACAUCAACACUACAUCAGCCCAUCCACAUAUCCACAGGUCCCGACAAAUUCAAGUUUUCCUGAUGUGGAUUUUGUGGUAAUAGAAAUUCCACCACCACCACCGCCACCACCACCAUCACUGCCUCCGCCUACUCACCUCGCCCUCUCAGCCCAAAAUUCCUCGCGCUGGCCGUCUGAGGAUGCAUCGCCAGGCAGUCGCUUCUGUGUGGCUAGUGGUAACCUGCGCCCUUGGUACCAGCGGCCAGCUCCCUCCUUCAGCAGUGCCUCCCACGUCCACGCCCACAGGCACCCCUAAUCAUUCUGCCUCCUCUGACUCCCGCUCCUCCUCCCUGGAAGCUGCAACUACCACGAUUAUCUACCACCACUACCACGACCCACCCGACGCCGCCUCCACCGCCGCCACCACCACCACCAUCCACCACCGCCACCAGUUCUUCCACCUUCGCCACAACCACCACCUUGAGUCAGUGGAGGACCAGGCGGCGGUGCUGGCUGAGAUGCGACAGGAGUGCGAGAUGAAGAUGAGGAACGAGAGGCAAAGCAUGAGAGUGGGAAGGACAGGAGCGCUUACCAAGCCCACCACCAAAACUCCACACGCCGGCACCUCCCACGCCACCACCAACACCAACAUCAACAUCAACACCGCCUCAAAUGACCCCUUGCCACCCCCUGGAUCCGUGAAAUGGGAGGAAAACGAGGAGCUUGCUGAAGGAGACGAGGGCGAGAUAGAAAACGUUGAUCGAGUUGUAGGGGGAGUGAAAGAAAACGAGUUUUGGGAUGGCCACUGCCCAACGACCUUCGAUAAUAUAUACUGCUGGCCCAGGACGCCGCCGGACACCAUUGUGGCCAUCCCGUGUCCUGGCUACGUCAAGAACUUCAUGCGAAAGAGUGAGGCCACGCGAUACUGCACCUCCCAGGGGACGUGGUUCACCCUGGAGGGAACCAACAAGUCGUGGACAAACUACAGUCAGUGCUCCGCCACCCUGGCCGUUCCUAUAGUCGUCAACUCCACGCUAGAGAUGUGGGUGCCGGUGGUGAGGGUGGUGUCGCUAGUUGGCUACAGUGUGUCCCUGGCUACACUGCUGGUUGCCUUCUCCGUGCUGGCGUGCAUCAAACACCUGCGUUGCCCUAGGAACACUCUGCACAUGCACCUGUUCCUCUCCUUCAUCUGCCGGGCCGUGGGAGCCUUGGCCAGGAACAAUGACAUCAGUGGCAUCACUCCCCAGGAACCUCACUCAGACGGCGGGACGUGGGGGUGCCGUCUUUUCACGUCGCUCUGGCAAUACUUCAUCCUCGCCAACUAUUCGUGGAUCCUGAUGGAGGGGCUGUACCUGCACAACCUCAUCUUCCUCGCCCUCUUCACUGAUAACUCGGCCAUCACACUCUACAUCGUGCUCGGCUGGGGUCUGCCGCUGAUCCUCGUGGUGGGGUGGGCGGUGGCGAGAAUGAUGGCAGAGAACACCCUAUGCUGGUUCACUAACGCAAAACCUUGGCUGUUCUGGACCUUCAUAAGAGGGCCGGUGGGCGUCUCGAUCUUGGUGAGUUUUGCGCUCUUCCUCAACAUCGCGAGGGAACUGCUGCUCAAACUCAAGUCCUCCACAGCUCCGGAGACGCGCAGGUGCCGCUACAGACGGUGGGCUCGCUCCACGCUGGUGCUGGUGCCGUUGUUCGGGGUCCACUACGCGGCUCUGCUCGGCUUCACGUAUUUUAUGGGCAAGAAUUCCACUAUUGAGAUCAUCUGGCUCUUCACGGACCAGCUAUUUGCAUCUUUCCAGGGCUUCUUCGUGGCCACCUUGUACUGUCUACUGAAUGCUGAGGUCAGGUCUGAGCUACAGAAAAUUUGGCACCACUGGCAGAUGAACAACAAGUCUGACAAGAGCCUCAACUUUCACUCUGCCCUGUCACAAUCCAGAACGUAUUUCAGGUAUGUGUUGGGUCAGGUGUGUUUGUGUGUGUGUGUGUGUGUGUGUGUGUGUGUGUUGUGUUGUCUUAGUUCAUGUGUGUGUUUGUUGACUCAGUUGUGUGUGCUAUGUUGGUUCAGAUGUGUGUGUUGUGGUGAUUCAGGUGUAUGUGUGUUGUCAGGUGUGUUGUGUUGGGCCAGGUAUGUAUUGUGAUGUGUUGGCUCAGGUAUACAUGUGUUGAAUCAGGAAUGGUUUAUUAAAAUACAUGUUGAUGCUAAUAAAAAAUGCAGUAAAACACAAGAUACAGCAGUGGAAAG